GCCGCCUCCGUCGCGGGAUCUCGGGGUGCAGGCCUCGGCGCGGGUGCGGAACCCGGGCGCCCCGCGCGCGCCCUGCCGGCCGCCGCCCGCACCAUGCGCGCCGCGCUUCUCCCGCUGCUGCUGCUCGCGGUCCUGGCUGCGCCGGUCGCCCGCGCCAGCAGAGCCCAGUCCAACCCCGCGCCACAGCCCCAACCUGAGCCCGGCCCCGGGCCCAGCAACGCCACCUGGCCCGGGUCUGGGGCGGCGGAGAGCGGCGGUGGCAGCUCCAACAGCAGCCGUGAGACCUUGGUGAUCCGCAUCUCCACUCUGCUCCGCGAUCUGCCCACCGUGAAGGCGGCCGUGAUCGUGGCGUGCGCCUUCAGCGCUCUGUUCAUCGCCUGCUUGCUGCUGCGCGUCUUCAGGUUGGGAAGGAGGUUAAAGAAGACUCGCAAAUAUGACAUUAUCACCACUCCUGCCGAGCGUGUGGAAAUGGCCCCGCUGAAUGAGGAGGACGACGAGGACGAGGACGCUACAGUAUUUGACAUCAAAUACAGGUAAAACCUGUUUUUUCGCAUGUUCGCAUCCUGUGGGAACUUGGCCAGCUGCAAGUGAAGAAUCUGGGAGCUGCCUCUUGUCUGAAGGGUUGAAGCCAAAACAAAUGUUUAUUCACAAAACUCUGGCUGCAGUCUCAGAAUGUCACCGGCAAAGCUUGCUUCCAAAUCACCACACUAAAGUUGCCUCUGCUUACCCUUUGGGCACCCCUUUGAAAGGUCACCCCCCCACACACACCGUUAAGAGGUUUUCUGCCUUCUUAAGGGGCAAAGACUAGAAGCAUUGAUGUAAAAGAAUUUUUUUUUGAUGAUAGUGAAAGUGCUAUGAGAAGGAUCACGAAUCUAAAAGAUGACGGGAGUGUCUUUAGCUGUGUGUUUGGAAUUCCUGACACCCUGCUGUCCCAAAUCUACUGCUGGACUGCUGACCCUUCAGUGGUCCCUUGGGCUUCGUCGUCAGUUCUGGAUGUAUUUUAGGGUGAUGGCUGGAGUGAAAUUUCAACUUUGCAACUGGUCAGCCCCCACCACAAAUGUACAAGAUGUGACUUUCUCCUCCUGCCUCCUUCUUUACAGGGGUCUUGGCAGAAAUAAGAAUCAUGGCUAAUUCACAAAGAAUUUUGAAUUUCAAGUGUCAGGGAAACAAAAUGUGCACACCUGGGUGUGGUUGUAUCUAAAAUAGCUGCCCUCAAGGGAGUGGAAAGCCCUAGGAAGCUUUUGGUUAGUAAUAUAUUUUUUUAUUUUUAUUUUUUGGUGUUUCUCUACCCUGUCAUAGUUCCAUGUCAUUUGUUUUAGAAAUAUAAUUGUAGAAAAAUCACUGUGGUAAUUUAAGCGAAUGAUGGCUUGGUUGGCUGAGAAAAGAAAAGCGUCAGGGACUGUGUUGGAAGUCAGGCCAGGCCAGGGUGGACUGAAGCCCUCCACAGGUAGGUGCUUCACCUGGGAACUGGUGAAGUGACAUUACCCAGAGAUACCUUCUGGAAACAGGGCCUCGGGCCCACGUCUCAGGUUGAUGGAGGCCUCCCACUUAGCUCUUCUUCCCUAUUGCUGCACCCCAGAUGCUCAAGUCUACUAGCAGUGCC